AUGCCACUGAGCGUUCUGAGGCAUUAUCUCCGUCGCUCAACACCAAGUUUCGUUGCGGUCCUUUCGCUUUAUCGCCCUGUACAGAUCGGCCAGCAACUUAUCUUUCGUGAAGCUUUAUAUAUCAAAAGUUCGAACUCGGCGGCUGUACAGACAGCAAACUUUACACAAUGCCAUUCUCACAACAGCAGGUCAGCCUUGGCCCCGAAUCCGGAGCAUUCUGCUACUGUCGACCUCGACGCUUUCGACGGAGGUGACGAAGCAUCUUCCGACUUCUAUGACUACUCCCCAGAGGAUGAAUUACAAAUCAGAGCACCAUCCGAACCCUCGUCAGAUUCCGCAAGUACAUCAGGCUACGGGAGAUGGGAAAGCCUUUCGAAGAACCAUGCACGGUUGAGAGCAGAAUCGACACCUCCCUGGCCUGAGACUGAUGGAGGACGGCUAAUAGAUAGCCCGGAAGGAGAGAUGGAUCUAGCUUUAUGGGCAUGUCUCCUGGAUUUCUGUCAGAGAACUGGGUCUCUUGACGGAGCAUAUUAUUUAUUGGGCGAGCUCUUUCGACGCCGGAAGCUUUACGAGACAGACCAUCCCUUGGCCGAGAAUUUCUGGCAAACUGUGGUGGACCUUUCUAUUCAUGACGACACACUACUGGAGCAGCUUCUCGGUCAUGCGGUAUGGAUGCAGGACAAGCGAGACACCCGCUGGCCUCAGCUUUAUGGAUCCAUAAUGAACCCUUUGCUAGCAAGUCGCCAAAUCAACCGCGCUUUUCGUUGGCAUCUGCUGUUGAGUUCGUUCUCAGCUCCCACCAAGACAGAACUCAUCGAAGUUCUCAAAACGGCAGUUCUGGAUGAGGAUCAAGAUGUCAAGAACCUGCUGCAAAGUAUCUACAUAACAAGUACGCAUCGGGGACUAUAUGACAUCCUGGUACCCUUCUUUUGGGAGCAGGGACUUUGCGGCCUGGCACUUAGAUGGAGACAUACCUUCAUUAGACACAAUGACCGCCCCCGUUCUCGAGCCUCGCGACCGUUUAUUAGAUACUUUGCAGCCUACUUCCCACAGAAGCCUUUAGUAGAGCAAGAAGUCAGAGCAGCCGGCCUUGAUACGGAGUUUACCGGAUUUGAGGGAUCUGCAGAGGAUGUGGGCGGCGAUGUCAAUGCGCUUUUGACUUUUCUUGGUGGCAGGCCUCUUGGAACCGACGAAAAAUACAAUGAUACCCUCGGGGCAAGAUGGUUUGCCAGUUCAUGGAUAUCUCUUGAGACUGCCAUACAGUUUGUUCACGCAUUGGGAGUCUCGAGGAUUGGGCCUUUAUCACUUCAGUCGAUCGCACUGCGUGAAAAGUCGACGGCAGAUCUAGUCCAUCGACUCAAGCAACUCGACAGCUGCGGAAUAAGGAUCGGUGCUUCCAGAUACGUGCGUGCUAUUAGGUACAUGGCAACAUCUGGGGACUGGAACACGCUUCAAGACCUGCUAAGUUCAGAUAUACAUCCCGACGUUUUUGAUGACGAUGCAGCCCAGGAAAAAAUUCGAGAGGCGUGCCAGCUCGUCAGUGAUUGGAAAACAUACCGGAUGCUCACUGCUGUGAGGGUUGCUGAUACGCUUGACGGAGUGACCAUCCAAUACAACAACUACCUUUCAUCCGCGGACCUUCUGUCAAAACGGGUUGCAACAAGAAUUUUAAGCCAAAUGCAGGCCAGCGACAUCCCUCUCUAUGCCUCAACAAGCGCCCGAAUAUCACAGUACAUUCUGGAUCACAUGCCAUAUAGAAAGCGUCACCUGGAUCCAGAUGCCGACUACUUCCUUAAGCUGAGCCGUCUGAUGCUAGCUACCCCGUACCCCCCUCCAGCCAGUGUGUGGCAAAGUCUUCUGGACUCACUUAGCUACACACUAGACAUAGAUCGGCUGGAGGAGGUUAGUCUGGAGAUUGUUCACCACUACUGGGAUGCCAAAAGAGACUACCAACCUAGUCUGAGGAUACCAACUGCCGAUGUACCUGCGACAUUCCACGCACUGCAGCCAGACAAGCCUUUUCAGACACUCCCUCGCGACCUACCCUUGACGAACAGCAGCCACCCAAUCGCCAAGAUAUUCAAUCAUCGAUUCCAGCGGCAUAUUGUUCGUCGCGCGUUCAAGAGUGCACUUGUCCGCCGCUCCAGGCCGUGCCGACUCGGUUCGAGAUCAUCGGCGGCAGACUACGGGAUCGCCCGAGGUGUUAAGUUCCUGGCUGAUUUGAAAAAUGCCGGGGUCAACGUCCCGGAUCUUACCGUUCAAAAAGCCGUCAUCCUCUGCCUAGUUGAUUUGUUCAGUUUCGACUGGGUGCCUCGACAGCACUUCAUGACGAAAUUCAACUUUGUCAACCAGUACACUCUAGAUGAAGCGCGAGAUCUCUUCAACGAGGCAUGGGGUGGCUCUUUACUGCCUGCCACAGAAGAGUUGCAGCAAAUUAUUGAUGUCGAGGGCAUGGCACGACAGCAACGGAAAGAAACGAGGAUCAUGAAAGCCGAAGAGCGUAAUGGGAUGUCAUACAUCGAGCAUCGACGCGAAAUCUUUGCCAGUAUUGCUCGCAUUGUAAGCUGGUUAGAGAGGAUGACGCGUUGA